AGAUUUUUACUUUCUAUAUCAUAAGAUUUAUUUCAAAGUUUGAAUACUAUGUUGUCUAAGUGUUGUUUCUGUAUUGGUCUUAGGACUGCUACUCUUAUAUUAGCCUCUCUUGGGACUUUAUCUUAUUUAUCCAAUGCGUAUCAUUUAUCGAUCUUGGCGGGUAACUUUGGAUUCUUUUACAGUGUUUUAUCUACAUACUAUUUAGCUGCUACUUUCGCCUGUAUUGCAGGUAUCGCAGGUGUAUUAAAGAAUAAUGCUAAAUAUGUUAGAAUUUUUGCCACAUUCUAUUGGUGGCAACUUAUGUUAGGGUUCACAAUUUCAAUCGUAUUUUCAGUUGUAGCAUUUUAUUUUAAUAAAGAUGUUUGUGAACAAUUAAUUGAAGAACCUGAUAUUGAUAUGGAUAUGGGAACUUGUGUGAAUUGGUAUAUUAAAACCGUUUCAACUAUGGUCGUUAUGCUUGCAAUAAGCUGUAUAAUUGAUCUUCAUUUUUGUAUGGCAGUUUGGGCUUAUUAUCAAAGACUUAAGGUUGAAAAACAAUAUGGUGAUAUUGAAGGAUCAAGUUAUAUUGUAUAUUAUACUCCUGUUCCUGCUUACACCGUUGUUCCUCCACCUGCUUAUGAUUCCGUUCCUUCUGUUGAUUCAAAAGCUGCUGCUUCAAAUAUUCAAAACCCAACCGAUAAUAAGCAAUAAACUUCUUGAUAAUUCUCCUAGUUCUUUAUUAGUUCUUAGCUCUUUAUUAGUACUUUCCUUUUAGAAUAUGUUUUAAUUGUUUAAGUUUCCUUUUUCUCUUUUUUAUUUUUUUUUCUCUUCUUGUAUUCUUUAUACUCGUCGCGUUAACUACGUGAAAAUAUAAUAUUUUAUUAAAUAAAUAAAUCAUUUGUGUCCUUUUUUUCGCGUUGUUUAUCGUUAAAUGUGAACAAGGAUAAAAAAAAAAGGAAUAUUAUGUAAUUAGAAUUAUCAUUG